AUGUCUCAGCCUUUCAACCUGACCAACCCCGGUCGCAUCCUCCGCGUCGGCGUUGUCCUUCUGAAGGGUAUAGUCGAAAUAAUCGAUGUGGCACCCGUGGACCAAAUCCAUCAGAUCAGCGAUCGCUUCGUCAAUCCACUGCCAUCGUCGGUCGUCCCCGAUGAUUUGAAGCCGUAUGCGAUCAAGACAGAAUACCACUGGGUCUCCGAAGCCGGCCCAGGGACACUUGUGAAUGGGACCAGUGGCAUAGUCGUGUCGCCAACUGACUCCUUUGAAACAUGCCCACCCCUCGAUAUUGUUGUCGUUCCCGCGUCGGCCUCGGCCAAUGCUAGCGAAGCCGAGCUCGAUUUUCUCAGAAAGACUUACGACGAGAGCGCUGCGUUUAUUACCAUCUGCUUCGGCAUGUCAGCUCCAUUGCAGGCUGGCAUAUUGGAGGGAAAGACUGCAACUGCGCCUCGCUUCCGGCUUGAUACAUUCCGAGAGAUGGCUCCUGGCACAAACUGGAUUGACAAGCGCUGGGCGAGAGACGGCAAGCUUUGGACCAGUGGCGCGCUGCUGAAUGGGCUGCACCUCAUGUCGGCCUUUAUCCAGGAGACUUGGGGCAGCAGCGAACAAGGCGCCAGACUUGUCGGCGCCAUGGCAGAGAUGGGGGCUUGGCCGGAUGGUAGCCCAGAGUAUGACGACGAAGAGGGAAAACCGUUCCCAUAA